AUGUUCAGCUUAAAACAAGCUAGGCUUAUCAAAAUACACCUUCAACUUCCACCUCCCACUCUCCCUCAUGCUCUCUCUUCCAAUCUCCAACCACCUCUCCCACCCGCCAUGGUAGUCGGAGUUCUACACUCACCGGCAAUACUCACUCUUGUUACUCUCUUCCUCCUCUUCUGCUUCACCACCACCACCACCUCCUCCUCCAUUUUUAACCAACCACCACCAAGAUUAAUCCACAAAGUUCAUUUCCAUCAACCAGAAUAUCACCACCACCUCCUUUCCCUUUCGGUUCCUUAUACAUUACUCAACAGAAAAGCAUUGGCACCACCCACGAAAUUCAACUUCUCACCAUUCAUUUACAGGCGGCACCACCACCGGAAAACCAGUCCCGUUGAACACCCCGUGAUUGACCCACGAUAUGGCGUGGAGAUGCACCUGGUCCCAACCGGUCCGAACCCUUUGCAUCACUGA